AUGAAAGUGAAAAGUGAAGUCGCUCAGUCACGUCCGACUCUUAGCGACCCCACAGACAGCAGCUUACCAGCCUCCUCCGUCCAUGGGAUUUUCCAGGAAAGAGUACUGGAGUGGGUCAGUGUGGCUACCUGCUCCAAUAUUCUUGCCUGGAGAAUUCCAUGGACAGAGGAGCCUGAUGGGUUACAGUCCAUGGGGUCACAAAGAGUUGGGCACGAUGGAGCGAGUUUCACUUUUGGAGGUUUGGAGACCCAGAAGGAUGAGGAGCAAGGGCUUACAGUGGAGAGGCACCACUUCCACAGACCAUAG